CUUAUAUGGAAGGGAAAUAUACAAGAAUUUACGCUCGAUGUUUUAAAGCUGACGGGGAAUUGGAAAUCGCCAGGUGGCGAUGUAAUAUGUUUACCGCGUCAGAUGGAAAAUUCGUCUUUAAAUGGCAAGGAUGCAAAAAGAAAAAGAUCGAAAUAGUGAAGGAUCAUGAUGAUGACCUUUUAAGCCGCUUAAAGAACAACGCACAUGAUGAUAAUAAAGCAAACGUGACUCGAGAAAAUAUCGAUCCGAACGAGCACGUGCUUUGCGCUGCUAUGUCAUUGCCCUUAGAAGAAAAAUUGGACAUGGUUCUGUCCGGGCUUAGCAAACUCGAGAAAAAAUUUCAGAGUGAGAAAAGAGCGCAAUCUUUGCUUGUCGCUGAGAAUAACAAAAUGGCGGCCGAUAUAACUUGCUUAACAGCGACCGUGAACGAGCUACGGGAGGAAAACGAGAGUAUCAGAACGCUGCUUGACAAUAAACAAAACGAAUGGAUUGAAGUUGAAUCCCGUAUCCCGAAUAAACCAACAACCAAGACCGUAACAUUGAUAGAAACCGAUAACCGAUACGCUGCCUUAGCUGUUGAAGAUCCCAUUACAGAAUCCAGCUUGCCAGUUGAAAAUAUUAAUGAGAACAACGACCCCGAACCAACCAAUAGUCACAAAGUCCGACAACAUCGUGAUGUACGUAAA